AUGAACUCAACUCAACUCAACUCAAAAUUACAUCAUCACAAGUGGGCGUGGCCAUAUGGUUACAUCACAGUGACUGUUGUUGAAUCUGUUUGGUGUUUGUUGAUUUCAGAUCCUCCAUGGAUCCGUCUUAACUCGGAUUUUUUGCCAAACCAGACUGAGGUGGUUCUGACAGCCGGCUCCUCCAUCAGCCUCAGUUGCCAUGGUAAUGGCUCAGUCCAGUGGUCCAGCACAGCAUUCCGUUUCAUGUUCCGCACCCCACAGAACCCGUUGGAGGUGAAGAAGUCUGACAUUAGGCACACCGGGACGUACUACUGUGGGUACACCAACCAGAGCCUGGAACACCUGGUCACCUGGAUACACCUUUACAUAAAAGAUCCAGCCUUUCCCUCCAGUGUGUUUGUGACUCCGAAUAGACGCCCUGAUGUCAAAGAGGGACAGGACCUGCUGUUCAGGUGUCUACUGACCGACCCGUCUGUCACCAACCUCACACUCCAAUUAGUAGGUGGAGAGGGCAGUGGGCGGAGCCUGCCUGAGGGAAUGAAUGUAACCUUUGACCCCAGGAGGGGAGCCCUGAUACGAGACCUGCGGAGGUCCUUCAACGGACACUACGUUUGUUCAGGUUGGAGGGACGGGUGCCAGUUCAAGUCCAAACAGCUAGACCUGCUGGUGGUUCCCAGGCUGCGUCGUCCUCCCUUUCUGUCUCUCUCUCAGUUGAGGUCAACCCGUCUUGGGGGGGAGAAGUUUGAGGUCACCUGCCUGACCAGUAAUCCCACCCACUUCUACAAUGUUACCUGGACACACCCCCACACAAAGGCUGUGAACGUCAGUUUAACUCAUCUCUAUAGCAACAGGCUGUACAUUAACAGCACUCUGACCGUCUCAACUGUCAGUCAGACUCACACAGGAACAUACACCUGUACUGCUGUCAAUGAAGCAGGAGUCGUCACGGCAACAACAUACCUGAGAGUUCUGGAUCAGGCAUACCUGAGGAUUUACCUGCAGCCAGUGCAGCAAGCUAAAGCUAACACCAAGGCUAAAGAUGUCAAUGGAGAACUUGUUGCUAACAUUAGCAUUAUGUCAAUGAGGGAGCAAGCAGAGCUAGUGGCUAACAUUAGCAACAGUUCUCUGGAACUGAAUGGGGAGCUGGUAGCUAACAUAAGCUCCAAGCUAAUGUAUGUGAAUGGAGCUAAAAUUAGCAGUAGCAGAAAGGUGGAGGUAUAUGAAGAUCUAGAUGUGCUGCUAACCUUUGUAACUGAGGCAUAUCCUCCAAUCAGAGAUCACAGGUGGAUGACACCAACACAUUUGAACAGGAACAACACAGUGCACGAGGAGAGCUACUGGACUUACGAUACCAGAUCAGGGGGGAGCCUGUUGCUGCGGCGGGUUCGUCCUGAGGAUCGAGGUCGAUACACGUUUUAUUUUUCCAACUCGUUAUUUAAUGGAUCACAGCACAUCGACCUCCGAAUAUACAGUUCUCCAAGGGUUGUUGUGCAUCAGGAGAACGACUCUUCAGUCUGCAGCGGCUCUGGAUAUCCAUUACCCACAAUCCUCUGGUACACCUGCCCCGGGCUGCAGGACACGUGUGGAGACAUCUCCACCUAUCAGGUUCCUCCAUCAGAUGUGACCUCACAGGAGGAGGAGGAGCAGGUGAGGACACACUUGUCCCUGCCUCCGUCUCCUGCUGAUGAUGUCACUGUGGAGUGUGUUGCCUACAACCAGGAGGGCAUGUCUCGUCAGGUGUUCAUGGCUCGACGACCUCACCUGUUAAUGUCUCCUAUUCUGAUUGGAGCUCUGAGCGCAGCUGCUGUCCUCCUCCUGCUCCUAUUGGUCGUCUUCUACAAGUUGAGACAGAAACCGAGGGUACGAGAUUCGCUGGAAGAUCAUUGAGAGCACAGACGGAAACAACUACACCU